AUGGCUGAAAGGUUGUUAAUAAGAGCACUGACGGGUGGUAAAAGCACUAAAAUCGUUACCUUAAAUGGAAAGAACAUGACAAAGAUGCCCUCAAUGUUAGAAAAACUGCCUGGCUUGAAGACUCUAGACCUUCAGAAUAACCGAAUCCCCAAAGUGUGCCCAGAGAUAAGCACCUUGACCCAGUUGACAGCACUAAAUCUGGGAAACAACCUUUUAGAAGAAGUUCCAGAAGAGAUGAAAUACCUUACAUCCUUGAAGAAGCUCCAUUUAUUUGGAAAUAAGAUUCAUAGAUUUGCAUCUGGAGUAUGUGAUGGCUUACAAAAUUUGAUCCUGCUUAAUCUGAACAACAAUCAGCUUACAUGGAUUCCUCAAGAAAUCAGCAGAUUAAAAAGCCUUACAUAUCUGAGUAUAAAUCAUAACCGGCUAGCCAGCAUUCCUAGAGAACUUUGUUUCCUUGAGAAUCUUUCUGAACUUCAACUUAACUACAAUCAGCUCAUUUGCAUACCCAAAGAGAUGAAUUUCUUGAAGAAGCUCCAGAAGCUUCUUCUGGUCAGGAACAACAUAGAAUCUUUGCCAGAGGGACUUUGUGAUCUUUUCAACCUAAGAAUCCUAGACAUAGCUGGAAAUGUUAUUCAGAUGUUUCCACCAGGAUUUCAAGAUCUGAAGCUGAGGGAGUUCUACUGUGAGGGAAACCCACUGUUCCUGAAGCAGCCGGUUAAUGCUGUAAAACACGAGGACAUCUGGAGUCUACAGGAAAUAACAUCAAGAUUGAUAAUGAAUCAGCUAGCAGAAAAGAAUCCAUUCCUAAUGCAAGCCAUAGAAUGGUACCCACAGGUCAGGAACAUAAUCUCUCAGGGAAGAAAAUGUGCAAUAUGUGGAAAGUCCUUUUUAACCGUAUGGCUGGAAUGUGUUGAGUUUUUUCCUCCAUCAAAGAACUGGAAAAUAAGCAGAAAUCUACAGCUGGUACCACUUCGAAUAUUAAUUUGUUCUUACAAAUGUUUUAAUCAACGUGACCCUAAUCUCUUUGGAAUUGCUCAAGUGUAG